AUGCGCGUCCCUCUUUCUCUCCACUCUCUUGCCCGACGCCCCUUCCCCCUCCCUCGCCCCCCAUCAUGUUGCCCGUCCAUUCGCCACUUCACCGUCCUAGCCAUUGAGUCCUCUGCUGACGACACCGCCGUUGCGAUCGUCACGUCUUCCCAAAAAAUCCUGUCGAAUGUCGUGGUGAAACAAAACACCAUACACGAAGGCUAUGGAGGCAUCCACCCCUACAAGGCCGUUCAAGCUCAUCAACACAACCUAGCACGUGCCGUUCGUAGAGCGUUGGCGGAAGCCAAUCUCAGCGUCAUCGACGUAGAUGGAAUUGCAUUCACGCGGGGCCCUGGCAUGACAGGCUGUCUCGGUGUAGGUGCAAGUGCUGCCAAAUCUCUUGCGGCUGCCCUUGACAAACCUCUCGUCGGUGUGCACCACAUGCAAGCGCACGCACUGACCGCCCUUUUAACUUCUUCCCCCUCCGAAAUGCCUACAUUCCCCUUCCUAACACUUCUCGUCUCGGGUGGACACACCCUUCUCCUCCUUGCCACGUCCUCCACGUCCUUUCGCAUCCUCGCGACAACUCAAGACCAAAGUAUUGGCCGCGUCUUCGACAAAGUCUCCCGUAUGCUCGCGCUCCCGUGGUCUGCCCUUGGCCCAGGUGCUGCUCUUGAAGAGUUUUGUUUACCGACCACCGGUGAGGAAGCAGACGAUGACAACAAUGUUUCCCUCCCACUCAUGCCCCGGCCACUCCCGCGCACCCUCGCCUUUUCAUUCUCUGGGAUUCAUUCGACGGUCGAACGCUUCGUCACUUCCGCUGGUGGUGUCUCAUCCCUUGACACGAGCACGCGGCGUUCUCUUGCGCGCGCGUUCCAACGAGCAGCUGUUGGGCAUCUCGAGGAAAAGCUCGCACUCGCAUUGAGAUGGUGCGUCGGAGAGGGGAUCGACGUGCGGCACGUCGUGGUGAGCGGGGGCGUGGCCAGCAACAUGUAUUUGCGUGAGAGAUUGAAUGUAUGCGCGCGCGAAGCAAGCCCGGAUACCCCGAUUGCGCUGGUAUUCCCCCCUUCAUCCCUAUGUACAGACAACGCGGUGAUGAUUGCUUGGGCGUCCAUGCACCGCUUCCUUGCGGGCGACUUCGACCCAUACUCGAUCGCGAUCCGGCCCAAAUGGAGCAUUGAAGAGCUGUCUAGCUGA